GGACCGCCCCGCGGGGCCUCUUUCGGCGGAGGAGCUUGGAUGGCCUGGGGAAGGGACGGGUGAAGCAGCGGACGGGGGGAAGAGGGCGGCUAUGAAUCUAUUAUUGACAAACUUAAGGCGUUAGUCCUCGGUUUGGGGAGACGAGGUCUUUGGGUUGGACUUCCUAUAUAGCAUGAUCUUCAUCAGGUUUACAUGGAAAGCAGGAAAUUUGAGUUCAGUGCCAUAGGCCUUUCUUCCUAACCUAAAAGUUGCGGCCCGCCUCCUCUUGCUUUGAACUGGGACGCUCGCGUGUUCGCUUAGGAGGAGGGAUCGCAACUUGGUUUGUUAGACAGAGAACUCGGGCUGGGUUGUCCCUGCGACAAUCCACUGGCCCAGUUCCACACGCUGCAUGUUUCAGCUGGACCUUGCUGUAUACCAAGGAUGCAGCUGUUUUACCAGGUUUCUUAGCAGCAGCUCCACCCAUUUUCCAGGCGUUUCGGGUGGGGCAGGAGCAGUCUUUGUAGCCCUUGGUUGGCAGUCUGCAGGGUUGCUAGUGUUUAGCACAAAGCAAAGCAAGAGGAGUAACCGGGCAGUUUCCACAGAGAUAAAUAUGUGAAACCAGAGGCCUGAAGGAUUCAGAACAGGUGAAAAAUUUGGAGGAUCAGUAACAGGUGAUGCUGGGUCAACAUAAGCACAUCCAUUACCAAAAUCAGCCUGUCAGGAUUUCUCACAGGAUAAAGACAUGAAAAUUAUCUUUGACAUCCCAUGAAACAUUAACACUGGUUCACUCAGACUUUCUGUACCAGCAAGUGCCAGCAUGUACAGACCAGGAGAGAAAGUGAAGCGUCGGAUGCGUAUGCAUGGUUCCAGCAUAAGAAGUGUUGAAGUUGCUAGAGGGAGAACUGGAUAUGGGUUUACUCUUUCUGGUCAAGCUCCCUGUGUUCUUAGUUGUGUUUUAAAAGGAAGUCCUGCUGAUUUUGUUGGACUUAAGGCAGGAGAUAAAAUAUUUGCAAUAAAUGAAACUAAUGUGAAAAAAGCAUCCCAUGAAGAUGUGGUAAAAUUAAUAGGGAAGUGUUCUGGAAUUUUACAUAUGGUUAUUGCUGAAAGGCUUGGUCACACAGACUCUUGUUCAAGUGAUGAAGAAGUUGGGUUUUAUGAUGGGAAGGGGUGGCUGAAGCCAAAGCCUGACUCAAAAGGAUUAGGUAUCAACAGAGCAGAGAAGGUUGUGGAGGAAAUGCAGUCUGGUGGAAUUUUCAACAUGAUCUUUGAAAAUUCUAACAUUUGUCCUGAUAAUAUGCAGACCUCAGUAAGAAAGCAAAUUCCAGUUCGUGAAACAGCUGCUGUUAAAUUAGAAAGAGGAACUGAACAUGCAAACAGUAACCCUAAUAUUGUCUAUAAUGAGGAACUGCCAAAAACCUUGAAUGAAAACUCAGUUUUUACGAUGGGAUUGGAAAACCAGGAAUAUUUUGGAUUGGAUGCAAGUAUUUUAAAUGUAGCUAUGGUUGUAGGCUACCUAGGAUCAAUUGAACUUCCUUCUUCAAGUUCAAAUUUGGAAUAUGACAGUUUACAGGCUAUUCGUGGAUGCAUGCGACGUCUUCGCGCAGAACAAAAAAUCCAUUUAUUGGUGGUGAUGAAGAUUAUGCACGACUCUAUUCAACUUUGCAGUGAUAAAACUGGUGUGAUUACAGAGUAUCCUGCAGAGAAGCUAGCUUUUAGUGCUAUAUGCCCUGAUGACCGAAGAUUCUUUGGGCUAGUUACCAUGCAGGCCACUGAUGAUGCAAGUGUAACUCAGGAAGAUGAAGCUGUUUUGAGGACAUCUUGUCAUGUAUUUAUGGUAGAUCCAGAACUGUUUCAUCAUAAAAUUCACCAAGGCAUUGCACGACGUUUUGGAUUCGAAUGUACAGCUGAUCCAGAUACCAAUGGCUGUUUAGAAUUUCCAAUGUCAUGUCUAUCUGUUCUUCAGUUUGUCUCAGUUUUGUACAGGGAUAUGGGGGAAUUAAUUGAGGGAGUGCGGGCCAGAGCAUUUCCUGAUGGAGAUGCAGAUGUUCAUCAGAAUAAUAGUAUGAGUAGUAAUAGUGAUAGUGGUAUUGGAAAUUUCAACCAAGAAGAGAAAAACAAUAGAGUUUUGGUGGUUGAUCUAGGAGCUAACUCAAAUAAACAUGCCCUUAGUAAUAUACAAGACAAUCCAGUAGACAGAGGACAGGCUGUUUCCCAUUGGAAUUUUGGACAUGAACAGGAAGGAAACGCUGCAUUAGAAAUCAUAUUUCAGAAUGAUAAAUCUCAGAAUGUAAGUAAGUUCCCAGCAUCUUCAGCUCAUGUUGAAGUUCCAUUAGUUUCUUCCAAAAGCUCAAUUACAACAUGCAAGAAAAAUUCUGGGGACAUUUCCCAUCAAAGAUGGUUGCCUGUUCAUGUGUUAAAAGAUUGGCAACAUGGAUGUGUCAGUGACCAGGAGUCGUACACAGAUUCUACAGAUGGCUGGUCAAGUGUUAACUGUGGAACCCUUCCUCCUCCAAUGAGUAAGAUUCCUGCUGACAGAUACAGAGUUAAUGGCAGCUUUGGUCAGCCUCCUCUAAUGUCUCAAAAGAAUGAAUUAUCUAAAAAAGGGUUUCAAAAGCAAAACACGUUUGACUGUCAAUACAGUGUCAGAAAGGGCAAAGAAGAUAAAAAGUUUGGACCUACUUCUGGAUUAGUACAACUUUCCCAGCAGUCCGCUACUCGAAGAUUAUCAGGACGGUUGAAGAGAUUCAGCAUUACUCGUUCACUUGACGAUCUUGAGUCUGUGGCUGUGUCUGAUGGAGAGCUAAAUAACACUGAUUUGAAAGACUGUGUCAGUGAUAACAGCCUUAGCAGCAAUGCUAGUCUACCAAGUGUCCAAAGUUGCCGAAGACGUCGUGAAAGAAGAGUUGCAAGUUGGGCAGUUUCAUUUGAAAGGCUUCUUCAGGAUCCAGUUGGUAUUAGAUACUUCUCUGAGUUUUUACGGAAGGAAUUUAGUGAAGAAAAUAUUUUAUUUUGGCAGGCCUGUGAAUAUUUUAACCAUAUAUCUUCUCAUGACAAACAAGAGCUUUCUUUCAGAGCUCGGGAGAUCUUUAAUAAAUUUUUAUGCAGCAAAGCUACAACCCCUGUUAAUAUUGAUAGUCAGGCACAGCUGGCAGAUGAUGUUCUCAAUGCACCACAUCCAAAUAUGUUCAAAGAUCAACAGCUUCAGAUUUUCAACUUGAUGAAGUUUGACAGCUAUACACGUUUUCUGAAAUCUGCACUUUACCAAGAAUGUAUUUUGGCAGAAGUGGAAGGUCGUCCUAUUCCUGAUCUACAAUAUGUUCCCAGCAGCCCUACUUCUAAGGACAGUUGUGGUUCUGGGUGGUCCAACGUUUCAACAUCAAAAAAGUUGAGUGGAAAAUCCAAGUCUGGGCGAUCCUUAUAUGAAGAUUCCGGGGAUGAAGACUCUGAGAAAAAGAAGAAAGGGACCUUUUUUUCCUGGUCUAGAAGCAAGAGUUUGGGGAGAUCACAGAAGAAAAAGGAGAAUGGAUAUUGUCCCAAAGAUACCAAUGGAUUUUCCUACAGACAUGAAUCUCAAGAAUCAUUGUCAUCAGCUGCAAGCCUAGAAAUAGGAUCUGGACCUGUAAAUGAGAAAGAGAAGUCAUCCAAAUGCUGCCAAGUAAACCUUUCAGAUGGAUCAUCCUAUUCAAUGACAAUUAGAGCUGGAGUUUCAAUCAAAGAGACAUUAUCUGUGUUCUGUGAGAAGCAAGGCAUUAAUAUAGCUGCAGUAGAUCUGUUUUUAGUUGGGGGGGAUAAGCCGCUUGUAUUGAAUCAGGACAGCAGUAUUUUAGAUUCUCAAGCUCUUCGCCUAGAAAAGAGAACGUUAUUUCGGCUGGAUCUCAUUCCUAUCAAUAGAUCUGUUGGCUUAAAGGCUAAACCUACGAAACCAGUAACAGAAGUCCUACGGCCAGUGGUUGCAAAAUAUGGUUUAAAUCUUAAUAAUCUUGUGGCAAGGCUAAAUGGUGAGCAAGAACUAUUAGACCUUGGAGUUCCUAUCUCUAAUCUGGAUGGACAACGGGUUAUUCUAGAUGAAAGAAUACCAAAAAAAGGAAAAGACCAAGGAAAGUGUGCAUUAUUAAAACAAGGUGCAACGUCAACUUCUUAUGCAGGAAAUCAAGCACUUACAGGAGAGGAAAGAAAUCUAGGAAAGUCUAAUUCUAUUAAAAUAAAAGGAGAAAGUGGAAAAAGCUCUAGGGAUGUUCGUCUAGCAAAAAGAGAAGAAUAUAUUGCACAGACUGGGAAAAAAUUGUGUCAGAAAAUUAAUUUGGAUGAAGCAGAGGAAUUUUUUGAACUCAUAUCAAAAGUACAAAGUAACAGAGCUGAUGACCAACGAGGGCUGCUGAGAAAAGAAGAUCUGAUUUUGCCUGAUUUUCUUCACUUGCCUUCCUCUGGGACAGAACCUCCUUGCUCUACACCUGAAGGACCUCCAGGCUACACCAAGAGAAUCACACAUCCUGAUGUCAAUGACAAAUUUACACAGUUAAGUGGCAAAGUAGGCUUCAUGAAAAAUAGUAGUAAAAGCUCAAGUAUGCAAAUUAAUCUUUCAGGAAGUAAACAGAAACUACCAGCAACUUUUAUCAGCCAGAAGACUUGCAGUGUUCCGUUUAGUGCUCCACUGUCUCCAGCUCUGCUUUUGCAGGAAGCCUCCAUAUGGAAAAUGCAAUCGAAAGAACUGCAAGUUGAAAAUAUACAAACUGUUGAGGAUGAAAAUGUUGCAGACUUGACCCUGGUGGCUGAGGGAGACAUUAACAGCCCUAACAGUACGUUACUGCCACCAACGCCACCUUCUUCAGACAAAAGCACUCUUGCAGAAGCCAAGCAUUCACCUCCUGUUUUAUUAACAGAUAAUCAGGAAAAAACUACCUGUGAGAAAUUCAAAUCAGGUGGAAUCCAUAGACAGAAUGCAGUUGUGCAAGUAAGUGGAGGAAACCUUUAUGAACAAAGUUCAAAGCAAACGAAUUCUGACUUGAACCCUGAUGAAGUUAAGAAAAAAACUUUCAGAAAUGAACUCCCUGUGAAUUGCAUAAUAGAUGUUGAUGGAGUUGCAACAGAAGAUGGUCUUGUAUCAUCUUGUAAUGAAUCAGAGGAAAACCUCAGUUUUGAAGGCUAUGUAUCAGAGCUGAAAUCUUGCCAGGGCAGGAUGAGAACAGGAGUUUAUGGGACAUCAGAUCUUCCAUUUCUCAUUGCACUGAAGAGUGAGAAAAAGAAGGAUGAUGAGAAACAAUGCAAAGCAACUUUUGUUUGAAGUAGCUGUGUGCAGGGUUUUCAAGUUUUUUCCUCGCAGGUCAUUACAAGGACUAAUUCACAUGAUGGAGCAAUCCCAUCAAGAUGCUAAGAGAUUUUAACUUUUGCUGCAUAUUGCUUUUGGACUGCAAGUACAAACUACACAACCCACUUUUAUUGGGAGAGUGUGAAAGUUGCUGAAAAUCCAAGAGGAGAGUCAGUCUUCUGAACAAAAUGUCCCUAAAUUCAUUUGUCAAUGCCAUUUUUGCAUGGAUGGCGAUGCAAGCAUAUAUUUUAUACACUAUAUGAAACCUUUCCAAGUACCAGCAGUAGAACAUUUUUAGUAAUACCCCCUUAUAUGACCAUCAGUCAGCCAGAACUGAAGCAUUGUUUCUGGUGCCUAAUACAAACUUAUAACACAGGCUCCCUACCCACAUGCAUACUUCACUGCCAUAUCAUACAUGCAUUCUCUUGAAUCCUGAAAGAGAAGUGUAUGCUUUAACUCUGAAAUUACAUGUCUCAGAGUAUACUGUGACUUACUCUGAAGCUUUUCUACCAUGCCCCACCUUUGCUAUUUUUGUAUAACGUACGUUCCAAACUGGACAAGAGUUCUGCAAAAGUUGCUUACUAUUUUAUAAUAUUGUUGGAAGUCCCAAUGAAGAUAUUAACUGGAUUCACACAACACUACAAGCAACCCUGUGUGGUUACCGUGGUUCAUAAUUUCUGACUAUGAUCUACCUGACAAAUGAUCAAGUAGUUUCUAUGUUCUGUUGUGGUUUCCAUCCUUCUUGCUCAGUUCUCCCACUGUCACCAUGUAUCCCAUCAGGCACUGUACUUGAAAUUCAGUCCAAAGGUGCAUUGCUCCCUGCCUAUGUUGCCCGUCUGUUCCUCAUCGGUCCACACAUACGAGACUGGAUGGCUAGAGUGAUUCCUGCAGUUGCAAUUCUUUCCAGAGGACUCUGUGGUAGUUACAUAUAAGCAUCAUGGAAACUAUGAUCCUGGGUUUAGACAACAUGACAAGUUAUGGUGGUACAAAAAAGCCAUAGCACAAGACAUUGUUUCUUAUCCUAGUUUCUAAAGAAUAAACUUACCAUGGUGAAAUACCAUGCCUGGUCUCAGAGAACACAGCAAACCAACAAUGGUAAAAAAAAAACAAACAAACCACCAAGGCUUGUCAUGUUAUCUGAACUGAGCAUUAUCUCUUGAUGUUUUGAUUUUUAUUCUUUAAUGGUCUAAUGCAGUGGCAGGUGUUUUAUUUUUUAUUUUAUUUUUGUUCUUUUAAAUUGCAAAAUCAUUAAUUCUCUGUAAUGCUUUUAGAUCACAAGCACAUGAAAGCACAUUUAUUAUUACAUUUAUAACCUGCCUUUUUUGCUUACUACAAGGCACAGGAAUCAGAUAGUGUAAGCCAUGCUUUUUGUAAGCCUUCUUCUGAAUAUGAUGAUGCUAAUAAGUACAUUACUUGACCAUCUCCUGAAAGCAUUUGAUUGUAGUUAUAUGAUGCUUUUCUUUAUCAUCUACUUUCAUAGACACCGUCUCUAUAUUAAAAUCAGUUUCAUCUUGUUUUCCUCAGCUUUUCCCUUCUCACUGUUCUGCAGUGGCAGCACAAGAUAACCUGCUGUCCAAGGCAUGAGGAUGCAUAUCACUGCUCCUCCCAUUGCCACAACUCCCAUUCAUGCCCCAUGCUGCAGUUGUGCCCCCAGCUUCACUCUCUAGCUGUGAGGACUGUCUCCAAGCAAGAUAGCAAGCAAGCAGAAAGGCUCUUAGGAGAAUGGGAGAAGCCUGCCCACCCAAUCAUUCUUACUGAGGACCAUUUAGGGCAGGGGUCCUCAAACUUUUUAAACAGGACCAGUUCACUGUCCCUCAGACUGUUGAGGGACUGGACUAUAGUUGGAAAAAAAUAUGAACGAAUUC